AUGCGAAAGAGCUUAAUGGCAGAGCAGCUUUAUGCGGAAGGAGUGGGGCCGAGUCAGAAGAUUGACGACAUCCCCAUCGCCGGCCCUCAUGACGCUGAAGAUCUUUAUGAAGCUUUGCUCAUUCAUCAGCAGGUAUGCCGGAUGACUCUAGGUUCCGUGCUUCAGCUGGGACGAACGAUGGAUGAUUUGGUCAAGAGGUGGAUGGUCUUGACCAGGUUCAGGCAACUGAUCGAAAGGGACACUGCCACCAUCAGCACUUUCAUUCAGACUUACUUCAUCAGCCCCAAGGUGAAGCACAUCGACUCCAACGAGAUCUAUCACUUCUUUCGCGGGGGCCCAGGGCUCCGGGACAUCUCCGUGGAGGAUGUGCUGGCAGCCUUGGAUGAAGAUGGUGAUGGGAAAGUGGAUCUCCAGGAGUGCCAAAGGCAGCUGGGCCUGAUCUCUCCUCCUCGACCGAGUCUGUUGGAACUUGGCAGCCAACUAGAGCUGAAGCAUGGCCUUGGCCGUAGCGCCAUCAGUGGCAACUUGGCCAACCCUGCAGCCUUCUUCGAGCACUUGUGCACCGUGGAGAAGAUUUCGCCACCCCCAGAGGAUGUGGCGCGGCUCUUCCGGGCGCUGGGCGGCUCAAAGGGCAAAGAAAUUAGUAGCCACCUUCCUGCCAUCGCAUCAGGCACAGAGAGCUUAUCCCAAUUGCUACGUCAACCACCACUAGAUGUGCUUUGGGGCGUGGAGGUGCAUUUUGCCCCAGCCCUCUACGAUGCUUUGGCCUGUCGAAUGUUGACAGUGGAGAGAAGCCGGCAGAGGGAUGCCAUCCUGCCAGCAGAGGCCUUCGUGCAGGGUGACGUCCCUGAUCCGGCGGAAUUGGCCAGACGCUUUGGCUAUCUGUGGGAUACCUAUGGCACCAGUCUGGUGGGUAGUGUGAGUGGACAAUACGCGUCCAAGUUCCGCGAGCACUGCUUUGCAAGAUAUCAGUCCUAUGCGGAUCAGAUCGCCCAAUGGCGCUCGGUGCACAGUGGGGAGCUGCGCCGCGGUCAGAUGGUCAGCGUUCACAAGUCUUUGUUCCCCAGCAUUGGAGAUGUGAUUUUCACUGCCUCCUGCCGCCUGGUUGCCGGGCAGACCUGUGUGGUGAGAUAUCGGCUUCAAGGCGCUUGCAGUUAUUACGGCCCGGGCCACACGGUCCUGAAGGACGAGCGUGAGCCGGUGCCGUGGCCGGUGCCCCGGAAGGUGCUCGGGGACACGCCCUUCAUUGCGCUGGUGCCGCCGGGCUUGACCUACUGCGCCGCCGGAGGCGGUGGCUUCUACUUGGGACACCAGGCCUUCAACAACGUGGAUCCCAACCUACGCGCGGAUCUGCCCAGGUGUUCAGACGGUCAACCGCAGAUGCUGGGCCACGUGGAGAUGUCGAUGCCCUCGUACAUGCGAUCCACCCGGGGCACCGGGAAAGCAGCAAAGAGCUCAGUCUUUGAGUUGCGGUUGUUUUGCUCCUCGAAGCAACGCAUCAUCGGGUGCAUCGGAGAGCCGGUGAGGCUCACAGUUUGGAACCAGACUCCGCCGCCGCCCCUGGAGUCCUUACAGCUCCGCUGCGAGGGGCAGAAUGUGACCUUGCGAUGGAACGCAUUGGAUUUGAUCGAUGCGACGGAGGAGACCAUUGUACUGAAGCCGGAGGUCACGGAGCACGAGUUCCACGACUUGAUCCCCGACUUGGACUACGAGUUCCGUGUGCGCGCAGAGAACGUGGCCGGCAGCCGCGUGGUGAAGAGUCAGAGAUGA